AUGUCAGAUGAGCCGAUGGACGAGGAAGACAGCUUCCACAGGCCGGUGCCGUGGUAAAUUGAAACAAAAUAAAAAUAAAAAAAGCAAUGAUUCUUUUCAGUUCUAUGCCGUUUACGAGGCCGCUCAUGUCACAAGCAGCAGCCCCAGUAGUUCCUCCGCCGGUCCAACAGGAUUCCGAUCCCGAUUCGGAUGAUUCCUUCGAUACGUUCGCUCCGACGGCAAGCACUCAGAGCACCGGCGGAUCGUCGGGAAGCACGAAUUCCAACGAGCAGAGUAAGUCUGUUCUGUAGGCCGAAGUACUAAAAAUUUCCAUUUUCAGAAACCCCGGCCACUUCGCAACCCCGGGUAGUUCCCAAUUCACAGAAACCAGUGACAAGUAGUUCGGAGAGUUUUUGUAGUCGUAAAAGUUUGUGAAUUGCAGAACCAUCUACUGUUCCGGUCCCUUUCAGUCAGCAAAUGACUCAAAAAGCUUCAUUUCCCUCUUUUCCGAGCACUUCGCGGGCUUCCGCUUCUGCUCAACCGCAAGGUCUGAAUCUCCCGGUGAACGGAUUCGGAGCAGGCGUCCAUUCGGCAGUGACGAACGUGAGAGUCAGUGGAUCGACACAAAGUAAUCGAGGAAAUGGAAGACAUGCUCGAAACUGUCAUGUUUUCAGAACCAAACACUCCAAGCGGCGCCCCUUCUUCCCCAAACUCUCUUUCCAGACACAGAAGUGCCAAUUCUGUACUCAGAAGGUACAUCGGCGUCCAUAUUCAUUGUUCGAACUCUUUUUCCAGUACGCACACGCCGCCCGUUCGGGUGCCCGUGCUGGCCAACAGGAUCACGCCUCCUUCGCUCGAAUCCCGACCGGCUACUCCAAGCGGAGAAGUGAAGAUGCUCAGAGAUCAACUGGAAAACGAACGGCAUAAAUGUCUGAGGCAACAAGCAGAUUUCCAAAAAGAUGUUCGUUCAGUGACACUCCCACAAUUCAAUACAUUUUCCAUGUUUCAGACGCAAAAGAACAUCCAGAACCAUAAGAAAGAAUUGGCCGAAAAAGAUGCAAUAAUCAAGCAGCAGGAGAAAGACAUUGAAAUGCUGAAAGCAGCGAACCCAUUCCGUAGCAGGGAUCCUUCUGUUCCUAUCAAAACUCCGGUCAUCCCGAGGUCAUUCCCGACGUCUUCUUCGAAUAUUGAAGUCAAGAAAAUCUAUCCGAAAAUUCCAACGGACUUCGGAAACAUCCGGAGGACUCCACGUCGUCCGCCCCAAAUAAAAGAGCCGUUGUCAGCAUUCCGGCACGAAUCGAAAGACGACGAAGAAGACAGUUUCCAGUUGUUCGAAAGCUUCAAUCCGUCCGCCACGUCGACUCCGAAGUACACUCCGCUUCGACAAACUGGUCAGCGAAACGCUAUAUUGCUUCCGUUGCAAUGUUCAUUUCAGGCAUCCGUCGUCCACGUGAUCUAGACGGAGACAUCAACGAUUGUGCUCACGGAGCACCGAUGGCGAAACGGAAGGCGAUUUUUCGGAAGAAAAGAAGUCGAAAAGAAUUGGCAGAAGAUAAACGGAAGACACGGGAAAAGGUGUGGCGAGAAGAGGAUCACAUAUUUCACGUGAGGAAAAAGGAGAAAGAGAAAGAUGAAUUGGACAAGGAAGAAGACGAGGAGAAAUGGCUGGUCGCGCACCUCGUGGGCCAGCUGAGAAAUCUUGAAUUCCGGAAGACAUGGGAGAGAAUGACGAAUACAAUGAAGGGAAGAGCGAAAUUGUUGCAACAAGCAGAACAAGGAACGACUCCGGACACGAAAUGUCGACGAUGUAGGCUGGAUGAGAGAGUGGGAGAAAAGAAGGAAGAAGAACAGGAAAAGGAAGAGAAAGAGUGGGAAACAAAGGAAGAUCAGAGGGUGGAGAGGGACAAACGGGGAGCGGAGCAGUUGAGGGCUCUACAGUACUCAAAUAUGCUGCAGAACGUUGGAAGAAGAGGAAUCGAAGAAUUGGUGGGUGCCAGUCAACAGAUAGAGCAAGUGGAGCAGGAAUAUGAACAAAAGACAAGGGGAGUCAAGAGAAGGACGUUGGACGAGAUCAGAGAGGAGAAGAAGGAGCUGUGGAGGGCGGGGAUGAUGGACGAGUUGAGGGAGAAGGGCGAGAUGGAGGCAGUGCUCGAGAAGCGGCAGGAAGGACGGCACGACGAUUACAUCUGGACAUCCGAAUCCGACGACGAAUCAUCAAAAUUUCUUUCACCGUAAGAGAAUCAUUCGAUACACUGAUAAACCCUUGUUUUCUUAAGAUUCCAUGUGGAGAAAUCAUCAAUUUGCUCCGACUGUGCUCACCGUCGGAGAGCACAACUACGGAUCGCGAAGAGGAAUCGAGAGAAGACGAAGCUGAAGUUGGAGUGUCUGAAUGAUUACGAUGUGGAGCGACGGGAGCAGCUGCGAAACAUGUCGAUCCUAACGAAGAGCAUGAUGGACGCGGCGGAGCACGAGCUGAACUUCCACGUCGACGAGAUGCUCGCGAGUCGUUUGUGCGACGACGAUGAGGACGAAGACAAGUUUUAG